GCUAUGCAACGUCCACGUAGCAGUGUCCCAGUUGUUUUCUGUGUAUGUGUAGACGAAUAUUACGAUUACGUUGAUAGUAUUUUCUUUUCUGGUUUGGAUUUUUGUGGUGCGGUGACUGUUAUGUUCUUUUGAGUCUAGUCUGCCGAAAUAUCUACAAUGAAGUACUUUUUGCUAUUAGGUCUGUUGGUUUUACCAGCUAUUAUAUCAACAUUCGAUCCAAGUCCCAGACUAUUUGCUCUUGCGGAUGAGGUUGAAGAUGAAGAAGAUGAUGAAUUAGUGGAUGUUGGAGAAGAAACUGAUGGCGAGGAAACUGCGAUGACGGAUGAAGGGACGGAAGAAGAAGAAGAUUCAAGUGGCAGUAAAAGCGGUGGCUCGCCCAACGCAGACACCACCAUCCUCUUCAUCCAGCCGAUCGCUCAGCCAGGCUCCACCCUCGACCUCCCCGCCGGCAAGAUUGUCGAGUUCCUCGUCGGAUUCCUCAACAAGGGCGACGAAGACCUCAUCCUGGAAACCCUGGACGCCUCCUUCCGCUACCCGAUGGACUUCAAGUUCUACAUCCAGAACUUCACCACCCUGGUUUAUGAGAGGCCCGUCAAGCCUGGCCAUGAGGCAACACUGUCUUACUCGUUCAUUCCGGCUGAGGCGUUUGCCAGCAGGCCUUUCGGGCUCAGUGUCAACCUCAGGUAUAGGGAUGAUAGCGGUAACCAAUUCUACGAAGGUGUCUACAACGAGACGGUGAACAUCGUGGAGAUCGAGGAAGGUCUGGAUGGUGAGACGUUCUUCCUGUACGUGUUCCUGGGUGCGUGUGGUGUCCUGCUGCUGGUGCUCGGUCAGCAGUUCCUGGUGUCCGUUGGCAAGAAGCGAGUGGGUGGGGGCACCACCACCAAGAGGCCCCAAGUUGAGACGGGCACCACCAACCCCAACGAUGUCGACUACGACUGGCUGCCUAGGGAGACGCUGCAGAGUUUGAACAAAUCGCCACGCGCCAGGCCGGUAGCAAAGCAGCAGAGUCCAAAGCAGAGGAAGGCCAAGAGGACGGCCGGCUCUGACGACUGAUUCAAAAAGAACUGAAAAUUUGGUGAAAAAAUUGAAAAAAAAACAGAUCGAAAGAGAUAAAAUGCGAGAAUAAAAGUGGGGGGGGGGCAGAGAUGCAGAAUUUUAGAAAAGUUUGGGUGUAACUCUAAAAGGAAGCAUGUCGAGUUUUAGAAGUUUUGCAAUGAAUAAGGAAAAGUUCAACUUAAAUUUUUGUAUUUAAUAGAAGAACUGUUAAUGUAGCGAUACUAUAACUCUUGUGAUACUCGACAUUUCUACAACUCAAUACUUACUUAAGAAAUAUAGUUUGAUUCCAAUCGAAAAUACAGUAUGUUUUGUACCAAAUUGGAAUUUUUUCUGGAAUAGGCCUAUAUUACCCCUAUUUACAAAAAAAGUAAAUCAUGUUCUUUUCAAAUUUUUUUCAUACAAGAUUUUCUCUUUGAAAUUCUAUUAUUUUGAUAAUGCUUUUUCCGUAUGGCUAAAAACCUCUGCAUUAUUGUGUUUAUUAAUUUAUUAUGUACAUUUUGUCAAAGAUAAUAUCAUUCAUUGUAAUAAUUUCAUGCAUUGAUCAUUAUUAUUUGUUAUGAAAAAAUAGGUAAGAUGAUGUAAACUUCAAUUUGAAUCCCAUUAAUUGAAAUGAGUAAGUUUUCUAGUUUCAGAUCCCGAUGCACCAUUCUGCAACGAUGCAUUGCUGCUAAUCCCAUCAAGUAUUGCUACAACAUAUUUUUUAAUAUCAAAAUAUUCUUGUUGUGAAGAAGUUUUCUUCGGUCAGCUUGAAGAUGAGGAUAACUUUGUUGAAAUUAUUGAACUGGAUGAAUUUGAAAAUUUCAUGAUUAAAAAAAGGUAAAUGUGGGAUAGUUCUUAAACUAUCAAAUUCGACGUUAGCCUUGUAAAAAAUAUGUUGUAUCAAUACUUGACGGGAUUGGCAGCAAUGCAUCGUCGCAGAGUGGUGGAUCGGGAUCUGAAACUGGAAAACUUACUCAUUUCAAUUAAUGGGCGCAGGAUGGUGCGUCGCUGUCUGAAACCAGAAUUGUCUUACGCACAUUUCUGUUAAUUUACAACCUCCCAACUUCAUUAAAUAAUCGAUGAUAAACCUAACAUGCUCCAGCUUCUGUGUAAUCGGAAACUAUUUGUUCAAAUUUGACGAAAAAUGAUGAAUUCCUGUUUAAUAUAAUCAAAGAACAAAAUGUCAACGAUUUGUAGAAUAAAUUAAUGCUGUGUGUGAUUUUGUAUGUACUAAUGUUCUUAUCAUUUCUUACCUAAACUAAUUUUGUUACAAUUUUAGUGUAAAUUAUUUAUUGCGUUUCAAGUUUGAAGCUUGCAUUUGUGUUUGUCAAUUUCUUUGAUUUGGAAUAGAUUUAAAUAAUUGUAUUUUGACUUCGAAAGAUUCUAAUUUGUGUAUAACUAAAUGAUAUUAAAAUUGAAGAUAUUAAAAGAUAAACGAAGAUGAUCCAUUAAAAAUCUUUUACGGUCCAAUAAAUUAUCAAGCAUCGCAGCUAAUUUGUUUAUGGAAAAUCUUGGUGAAAUUUCUAGCAGUUUUGGAAAAAUAAGUCCCCAUCCAAAUCCUAUGUCAUGACAGUUUUUUGUAAAUUAUGUAAGUCUAAUUGAAACCAAUAAUAUUACUAUGGUACUAUGUCCUAAAUUAUAAUCUAUUUAAGUACAUGUUAUUUCGGUUGUUUCAUUUUUUUUUAAAUAAACACGAUGUUUCUAAGA